AUGGCCGGUAAGAGCCCCGGCUGCCUUGCAAACUUUGCAUGGACCCAACCUGGAAGUGGCCGAGCCAAGACGGGAAAUGUGACGGGAAGGUGCUAUCGCGUGGUGUAUGACUUGGGCAUAGGCAUUCGAAAAGAACCCAAUAUCGGAGCAAAGCGUACCGGUGAAGAUCUCCUGGCUGGCGAAUGCUUCGAGAUCAAGCAAGAGAUACGCCGUGCUGGACGGCGGUACUUUGAGCUGAUCGAUGGGAGGGGCUGGGUCUUCGACUGGACCGAAGUGGAUGGUGAGCGAGUCGAGCUUUUGGAGCUCGCCGCCCAGCUCUACACCGUAGCUUUCCCCGAUGGAGUGAAUGGCAUUGCCUGGAGCUCCGAUGCGACAAUGCGAUUUUCCACAGUCAAUGGCUUCACGAAUGAGGUAGAAGCAACAAAUCUUGCACAGGCAGGAAUUCGUACCGGCGAUGUUCUGGUCAUGAUUGACCAGGACCCUGUGGUUGGCAUUCCAUUUGGGCAGGUUUUGGAGCGAGUUUGGGCAACUGCCGGCCGCCAACCGGGAUCAGGAUAUUUCUACAAGGUGACGACGGAGUCUCCUUACGGCAUCGGGAUUCGAGAUGAGCCAGACGUUAACGGUCCAAGAACUGGUGAAGAUUUGAUCCGUGGAGCUGUCUUUGAGGUGGACGAGCUAGUGGAGGUGGAGGAUGACAUCACAUAUCUGCACCUGGCGGAUCAGCGGGGCUGGGUCUUUGACAACUCUGCGACUGACCCCGAGAACCCGUGUGUCAUCAACUUGGCAGAGAUCGAGCCAGGCUGCACCCUGACCAUGUGGCGUGGGGAGGUCGACGAGCUCGCCAAAACAAUCGGCCUCAGGUUCAAGCAGGACGGUAACGAAGGGCAGCCUUUCACGUUGACCGUGCUGGAGGAGGGCGAGCCCAUCCAGCGUGUUCCGUGUGCGCCUGGCUCCAACCUGCGCAAAGCUCUUCUGGCUAACGGCUUCCAGGUCUACCAAGAUCUUCGCUCAGUCUUCAACCGCAAUGCCCAGCAGCUGUGCGGCACCUGCGUUCUGGAUGUGAUGGAGGGAGGUGAGAACCUCACAGUCCGUUCCGUGAACGAGGCCGCGGUCAUGUGUGCCAAUCCGCCCAGCUUCAGGCUUUGCUGCAACAUCGACGUCUACGGUGACAUCACCGUGAGGCUGCGUCCCCGCGGCGUGAAAUACGGUGGAGGCACCAGCUGA